AUGAAUCUUGAAGGAGAUUUCCUUUUGUUUGCUGACGAUGUAAAACUAUUCGGUGAAGAGGCAUCAUAUCAACAACUGGUUCGUCUACAAGAGGAUCUCAUGAAGAUUGAGGAAUGGUGCGUACUCAAUGGCAUGGACUUAAACCCUACUAAAUGUCUGGUGAUAACAUUUUCAAAAUCCAGACAGACUCAUCAAUUUAACUAUAUACUUCAAAAUUUCACAUUAAGAAGAGUUACGGAGGUUAAAGAUCUGGGCAUUCUUCUGACUGCAAAUCUGGAUUUUGGAGCUCAUAUAUCUAAUGUAUGUGGAAAAGCUCUUAAAACACUUGGGCUUGUCAAUAGAAUUUGUAGGCAGGGACUGUCUGCCUCUUCUCUCAAGACUCUUUAUGUUGCUCUCGUCCGACCAAUAAUGGAGUAUUCAGUUGUUGUAUGGUCUCCUCAUCAGAUUGGACACUGUUCAUCCUUGGAUGCUGUGCAGAGACGAUUUAUUAGGACGAUUGGAGUCAAGCUCGGAUACAGAUACAUAGAGGUUGGCAUUCAAGCAAUGGAGCGUUGUCUAAAUUUACCAACUCUUUCAUCAAGAAGAACGCUCAUUGACUUGAUGUUCCUUUACAAAAUUCUUAAUAACACCAUUGAUUGUUCCGAGAUACUUCAAAUGAUUGAUUUCCACGUUCCUCGGUCGGCGAGACAUUUCCAGCUGUUUACCAUCCAUCAUCUCUCGACAAACUACCUUUACCACAGCGCUAUUCCAAGAUUGAUGAGGAUUGGAAAUGCAGUCUCUGCAGAUCUGGAUUUUUUUGGGAAGCCCCUGUCAUCAUUUAAGAGGAGGGCAGCCACUAUACUGCAUGAGCUUGAUUAG